UGUGUGUGCUGUGUCUGUGUCCCUGUGUGUGUCUGUGUCCCUGUGUAUGUUUGUGUGUAACUCCCCCGCCUCUCAUGACCCCCACCCCUGCACAUAAACAUUUACGCUUACAAAGCCAACCCCUUUCUCUCCGUCCAAACCUGUUUUAUCCCAGAGCCCUGAAGGAGCAGCUAGCCAGCAAGGAGAAAGGCGCAAUAAUAAAAGGGAAUGCAGCUUGACAAACAGCACUGCGAGGGCGUCACGUAGCAUCCUACGGUAGCCUAAAAUCGUAAAGCAAAACCUCCGGGAUUUUAUACAGAAGACAAUAAUACUCGUUAAUCUAUAGCGAUGGCUUGAAUUGAUCGGUGGGUUUUCGGUAAAGGCACGGCCAGGGCUCGUGCCUUCGAGAUGCACCGUGGCUCCUGCUGCCGCCAACCGCUGCAACACGCCACGGAAACCGCCACCGGCCCGGUUCUAUCAUGGCUUUCAAACGGAGAGCGAGGAGGAUGCGGCUAGGGCUGGGGCGCUAUCGGGUGGGGCCCAUGUGGCUCUGGAAGGCCCUGCUGGUGUUCGUGGCCAUCGCCUUCGCAGGACAGUUACUGGGGGUCAUCUUCAACAAAAGCCUCCAGCAGGACAGGUCGCGGUCGCUGUUCUCAUCCGACGGCCAGGGCCCGUCUCUGGGCUCCUGUCGGCCCCACAGCCACGUCAUGUUCCUGAAGACCCACAAGACAGCCAGCAGCACUGUUCUCAACAUGCUUUACCGAUACGGAGAGGAGAGGGAUCUGUGCUUCGCCCUGCCUCUGGGGUACCAGUUUGGCUACCCUCUCCCCUUCAACGCACACAGGGUCAAAGGUUAUAGAGGGCCCCACGUGGCCGAGUUCAGCAUUAUGGGAAACCACAUGCGCUUCAACAAACCAGAGGUAGAGAAGGUGAUGCCAGUGGACACCUUCUACUUCUCUAUCAUGCGUGACCCCGUAGCGCUGGCCGAGUCGUCCUAUGCCUAUUACAAAGCUGUCGCCCCCGCCUUCAAGAAGGCCAAAGGCCUGGGAGACUUCGCCGACAACCCCAGGAAGUACUACGACCCCCGUCUCCGUAACAACCACUACGCCCGCAACCUGCUCUGGUUCGACUUCGGCCUGGACCACAACGCCAACUUCUCGACCACACUGGCCCGACGAGGCGAGGCGGCCGUCCGACGCGCCUUCAAACUCAUCCUGGUCUCUGAGCACUUUGACCAAUCCAUGGUCCUGCUGCGCCACGCCCUCUGCUGGCCGCUGGACGCCAUCGUCUCCUUCAGUCUCAACGCCCGCCAGCAGAAGCCCAGCGGAGGCAGCUCCUGGGUGGGUAAAGCUGCAGUUGCGCAGCCCCCCGCUCUGGCUCUAACAGACGACCAACGUCUAAAGCUCCGCGAGUGGAACGCCCUGGACUGGCACCUCUACCAGGCCUUCAACCGCUCCUUCUGGAACGAGGUGGAACGCUUCGGGAGAACCAGGAUGGACCAGGAGGUCGCUCUUCUCCGUACCCGCCGGGAUGUGCUGGCCCGGGCCUGCCUGAGGGACGGCGGGAGACCUGUGGAGGCCAGCCGCAUCCGCGACAAGACCAUCAGGCCCUUCCAGAGCGGCUUGGUGAAGAUCCUGGGAUAUGAGCUCCAGCCUGGGCUGGACAACGCUACUCAUCAGUCCUGUCUGAGGAUGAUCAGGCCAGAGAUCCAGUAUAAGGACCUGCUGGAUGCCAGGCAGUUCCCCAGGGCUGCUCCCCAGGCUGCCCAAGCCCAGGCCCCGGCUAUCCCCGCUGGGGGAGCCUACGUGAGGAAAGACCCUUCUUCCCAACUCAGGACAGGAGAGCUGGGGGUGGGGGAAGGAGGAGGAGUAGGAGGGGGGACGGGGGAGGACAGGAGUCGGCUAUCUCGUAGUAAUAAUAAUAAUAAUAACCAGACAUUGCUACGAGGAGGAGGGAAAGGGAAGAUAAAAUAGUUUUCCAUCCAGAAUUCACUGCCUUGAGAGAAUGAAUAAGACUAACGCUGACUGAGCCUGUUUACUCUUACUCAAGCACUCGUUGAGUAUUUCUAUUACUAAAGUACUCAAGAGACUUGUUGGAAAUACCCAUUCCCAUUCUCCCCCCAACCCACCUCUACUUUACUGUACAUUCUCUUUCUUCUGGCUGAACUUAGGACUGGUUAUGACUCUAUUUCGUGUUCAUACUGACUUUAUGGUUGCUGUGGAUGUGUUUUAAUAGGACUUGAAAUGGAAUUGCAUUGCAUUCAGUGGGCCAGAUGUCGUUCAAAAAUUCUGCUUCUCUGAUCGAGAAAGAAAGUCACAUUUGGUGGUCCAACUGCUACGUUCAACACAGUCUCCUGCACGAUCAAGAACUCAGCCAGUCAGUUUUAGUUUUUUGAAAAAUAACUAGGCUAUUACCUUUCUUGAACGCUAACACAGACGGCAUAUAUGAUAUGACAGCAGCCAGGCAGCCAGCCAUAGCCACAUACUGGGAGAGGAAUGAUUCCCACCUGAUGUAAGUUGCAUGUUCUGACUGAGAAUAGGAAUGGAAUUCAUAAUUUUGAACGCAGUGUGUCCGGUGUAGAAAACGUAGUCCACAUGAAGCAGUGGAUGCGGAUGAGGGGAGGACGGCUCAUAAUGGCUGGAAUGCAACGAAAGCAUCAGUAUCAAACACACGAUACUGUUCUAUUCAUUCCAUUCCAGCUAUUACAAUGAGCCUGUCCUCCAAUUUAAAGCGACGCCGGCCUUCACUGAUACGAAGCCAGCACUGGAGAGCAGUGUGUCUCGGAAUAGGCUUAACUGUGAUGUCUCCAAGAUGGGAGUUAGGAGCGAAAACUUUGAUAAGGACCGAAGUGUACAGCAUUAAUGUACUGUAUCUGAACUGAAGCACUGUGGUUGAAUGGAUAGCUAGCAUGUCUGACUUUGAACCUUUUAGUGUGGCUUUCAAUAGAUAUAGUAAUAUUGGAUACACAGUAAUUCCCUGACUCAAUGCGGGUGUUAAAUGCGAGCCACACAGCAAAUGGGCCAGUGUUACCUCGUGUUGAUUUUUCAGUGUAACAUUUCUAGUGUUGAUUCAGGUGUUAAAUUAACACUAUUUGGUGUAAAUGAACCCCAGUGUUGGUGUUAAUAACCAUUGUUCAACUAAAACGACGUCCAUCAUUGUCAUAUUUCUGAUAUCUUAGUCUUCCCAACCCAGCAGUCAUUCUCAAUGCAGGUUGCAGGUGAAUAAGAAUUUAAAAUGUUGCCUAUACCAGUCUGUCUGGAUUCCCAUAGAAAUUACUCAUCACUUUGCAAGCCAUCAUCAUAAUGUGACUUGCAAGCCUGAAAACCAUGAGUUUCAGGCCACUGUAUUGGUAAAACAAGGCCCUCAAAAUAAGGCCUUAUUAAAAACUUGUUGCAUUGUGUUAAAUAAUACAAUUUUAAUGUUAACAUAUUCGCUUAGGAUCUCACUAAAUGGAUGAAUGCAACAACCAUGUCUCUGUCACAAAAUACAAAAUACAGUUAUAGGUGCUAAAACUACAAUUCACUCAAAAGGCAAGGCACUCUGGGAAAUAUGGAAAUAAGGCUGUACACUAAGCAGUGUGCUAAUUUAACACUGAAAAGUGUGGACCCGUAUAUACACUGGACCAGUGGCCUCACAUUAAUUUGUGGAUUUGAGGGUUAAGCUAUUAUUCAAAUGAUUCACUGAAAUUGUCCAGUCCAAAUAAUGCUGUUUCCUUUUCCUUAUUGGCCAAUGGCCAUCUACCGAAAUAAACUUUAUCAAUAAAGUUGAUAAAUGGCUGCCAAAAGUUGCCAUCUAUCGACAUAUAUGUAGUAUAACCAUGUUCAUUGAGGUUUGUCUGUUAGAAAAGCGCAGACAGUACAUGUCGCCGCGGUUGUUGUCCCACUUCCAUUGAUUUCAAUACAAUAUCGAUGUGAGCGAUUCAUUUGCGCUUGAUAUUGAGUACAGUAAAACAAGCUCAUCAAUUCCAGUCUUGAGUGACAGAUUGGUAAAUGUUGGUCUGUGUGCAGUUCAUAAGGUAUUUAAUUUAGCAGUCAUCUGAACACAAGUGUGACACAUAUGUAGAGAUUAACGUUUAUGUAUUUGUCUUCAAAAUAUCACAACGUAUUUCAACAUAUUGAUUAUAAAUUUGGGCUUCUAAAACCAGUUCGGCCAUGAAUCAAAAAGCCAUGACAACAGGAAGCAACAACAGUAUAAUUUUCAAUGUAUGUUUUAGGAAUAUAAAUGGUACUUUUAACAUUAUUUUCAGGUAAAAGCAAUUAAAUUAGCCCAAAAACAUGCUAUGAUUUAUUGAUUUUGAUGAUAUUAGUGGAAUUGUGAAAAUAUGUUUGUUCUGGCUAUAUACAUAUACUGUACAUCACGUGUGUACAUACAGUGGCUUGUGAAAAUAUUCACCCCCCUUGGCAUUUUUCCUAUUUUGUUGCCUUAGAACCUGUAAUUAAAAUAGAUUUUUGGGGGGUUUGUAUCAUUUGAUUUACACAACCUGCCUACCACUUUGAAGAUGCAAAAUAUUUUUUGGUGUGAAACAAACAAGAAAUAAGACAAACAUCUUUUUUUUAAGUUGAGCGUGCAUAACUAUUCACCCCCCCCCCCAAAGUCAAUACUUUAGAGAGAGCCACCUUUUGCAGCAAUUACAGAUGCAAGUCUCUUGGGGUAUGUCUCCUUAAGCUUGGCACAUCUAGCCACUGGGAUUUUUGCCCAUUCUUCAAGGCUAAACUGCUCCAGCUCCUUCAAGUUAGAUGGGUUCCGCUGGUGUACAGCAAUCUUUAAGUCAUAUCACAGAUUCUCAAUUGGAUUGAGGUCUGGGCUUUGACUAGGCCAUUCCAAGACAUUUAAAUGUUUCCCCUUAAACCACCUGAGUGUUGCUUCAGCAGUAUGCUUUGGGUCAUUGUCCUGCUGGUAGGUGAACCUCCGUCCCAGUCUCAAAUCUAUGGAAGACUGAAACAGGUAUUCCUCAAGAAUUUCCCUGUAUUUAGCGCCAUCCAUUAUUCCUUUAAUUCUGACCCGUUUCCCAGUCCUUGCCAAUGAAAAACAUCCCCAGAGCAUGAUGCUACCACCACCAUGCUUCACUGUGGGGAUGAUGUUCUCGGGGUGAUGAGAGGUGUUGGGUUUGCGCCAGACAUAGCGUUUUCCUUGAUGGUCAACCCAGUAGCUCAAUUUUAGUCUCAUCUGACCAGAGAUCCUUCUUCCAUAUGUUUGGGGAGUCUCCCACAUGCCUUUUAGCGAACACCAAACGUGUUUACUUAUUUCUUUCUUUAAGCAAUAGCUUUUUUCUGGCCACUCUUCCGUAAAGCCCAGUUCUCUGGUGUAUGCCUUAAAGUAGUCCUAUGGACAGAUACUCCAAUCUCCACUGUGGAGCUUUGCAGCUCCUUCAGAGUUAUCUUUGGUCUCUUUGUUGCCUGUCUGAUUAAUGCCCUCCUUGCCUGGUCUGUGAGUUUUUGAGAGCGGCCCUCUCUUGGCAGGUUUGUUGUGGUGCCAUAUUCUUUCAAUUUUUUAAUAAUUGAUUUAAUGGUGCUCCGUGGGAUCUUCAAAGUUUCUGAUAUUUUUUUAUAACCCAACCCUGAUCUGUACUUCUCCACAACUUUGUCCCUGAACUGUUUGAAGAGCUCCUUGGUCUUCAUGUUGCCGCUUGCUUGGUGGUGCCCCUUGCUUAGUGGUGUUGCAGACAGAACAGGUGUAUAUAUACUGAGCUCAUAUGACACCUAGAUUGCACACAGGUGGACUUUAUUUAACGAAUUAUGUGACAUUUGAAAGUAAUUGGUUGCACCAGACCUUAUUUAGGGGCUUCAUAACAAAGGGGGUGUCACGCCCUGACCAUAGAGAGCCCUUGUUUUUCUGGUGAGUAGGUCAGGGCGUGACUAGGGGUUACUCUAGUUUAUCAUUUCUAUGUUGUGUUCUAGUUAAUAUUUUCUAUGUUGGUGUUUUGUAUGAUUCCCAAUUAGAGGCAACUGGUAAUCGUUGUCUCUAAUUGGGGAUCAUAUUUAAGUAGCUAUUUUUCCCACCUGUGUUUGUGGGAUAUUGUUUUGUGUUUGUGCAUGUGCACCACGUAGUCACGUUUAGUUGUUCGUUUAUUUGAUAUAUUUUGUUUUGUUUAAGUUUCUCUUUGAAUUAAAUAUGUGGAACUCAACAUCCGAUGUGCCUUGGUCCCGUUCUUACGACAGCCGUGACACAAUAUCCUACCAAAAGAGGGCCAAGCAGCGUAUCCACGAGGUAAAGGAGUUUUGGACAUGGGAAGAAGUGAUGGGUGGAUGCGAGACCCUUCCUUGGCGGCAGACGGAAGGUAAUAAUGGAGGACAGCGACGACGCCAGGGUUCACGUCCACAGAAAGCCCAAGGACAACCCCAAGAUUUGAGCUUGGAUGAGCAGCGGGAAGAGCCAGAGCACAUGGAGUAGGCGACAGAGAAGUGAUCAGUCGACCCAAGGAGAGUGCCAGAGCCCGCAUGGGAGUCGAUGGAACAUUGUGAGGAAGGAUAGCGGAGAAUGGAGUUGGCUAGGAGUAUGCGGCAGUGCAAGCGUGCUGAAGAGCGGGUCAUCAGUCCAGUGCCAUAUGUGACGGCUCCACUCACCAGAUCUCCAGUGCGCCUCCUCAGCCCGGUAUGUCCUGUGCCAGUUCCUCGCACUCGCCAUGAGGAGCGUGUCCUCAGUCCGCUGCCAAAGAAACCCCAAGAUUCUUUUGAGGGGUGGCACAUGGAGCUGGCGGUCGAGCAGUGGAGAGUGCCAGAGACUGUGUGGGAGGGAGGAGGAGGAAUUCGAUGGAAGAUUCCGCAGAGAGGUGGUAGCGAUGAGAAUGCUGCAGCACACUCAUCCUGAAGUGCGUGUCCCCAGUCCGGUACGUCCUAUGCCAGCUCCCCGCACUCUCCCUGAAGAGCCAGCGACCGUCAGGGAGGCGAUGGAGAAUUUGGGAGAGAGAGAAAGGAGAGAGAUGUUGUGCAUGUGUGUUCUGCUCAACAUUCGACCAGAGGAUCCGGUUAGCAGUCUGGUGAAACCUGUACCGGCUCCACACAUCUGGACUCCAGUGCGCCUCCCCAGUCUGUACAUUCUGUGCCUUCUCCCAGCACUCGCCCGGAAGUGCGUGUCAUCAGUUCGGUGCCACCUGUACUGGCUUCACGCACUAGGCCUCCAGUGCGCAUUCACAGUCCAGAGCUUCCGGCGACGGUCCCCAGUCCAGAGCUUCCGGCGACGGUCCCCAGUCCAGGGCUUCCGGCGACGGUCCCCAGUCCAGAGCUUCCGGCGACGGUUCACAGUCCGGAACCUCCUGCGACGGUCCGGAACCUCCUGCGACGGUCCUCGGUCCGGAACCUCCUGCGACGGUCCACGGUCCGGAACCUCCUGCUACGGUCCACGGUCCGGAACCUCCUGCGAGGAAUGGCGUCCAGUCCAGCUCCAGGGCAGGAGCCUUCCUCUGCGCCGGUGCCCAGUCCAGGCACGGCAUCCAGUCCCGCUCCAUGGCAGGAGCCUUCCUCUGCGCCGGUGCCUAGUCCAGGCACGGCGUCCAGUCCCGCUCCAUGGCACGAUUCUUCCUCUGUGCCGAUGCCCAGUCCAGGCAUGGUGUUCAGUUCUGCCCUAGGGAAGGAACCUUCCUCUGCACCGGUGCCCAGUCCAGGCACGGUGUCCAGCUCCAGGGCAGGAGCUUUCCUCUGCGCCGGUGCCCAGUCCGGGUACGGUGUCCAGCUCCAUGGUCGGAGCCUUCCUCAGCACCGGUAUCCAGUCUAGGCACGGCAGCCAGUCCAGCUCCAUGGCCGGAGCCUUCUUCUGCGCCGAUGCCCAGUCCAGGCACGGCGGCCAGCCCAGCUCCAUGGCCGGAGCCUUCCUCAGCGCUGGUGUCCAGGCACAGCGACCAGCCCAGCUCCAGGGCCGGAGCCCUCCUCUGCACCGCUGCCCAGUACAGGCACGGCGUUAAGCCCGGCGCCAUGGUCCGGUCUGGGGGGGGGGGGGCUUCGACCCGGAGCCGCCACCGACACUAGUCACCCCCCCAACCCCCCCAUUUUGUUUCAGGUUUUGCGGCCGGAGUCCGCGCCUUUAAGGGGAUACUGUCACGCCCUGACCAUAGAGAGCCCUUGUUUCUCUAUGGUGUAGUAGGUCAGGGCGUGACUAGGGGAUAUUCUAGUUUAUAAUUUCUAUGUUGUGUUCUAGUUUAUAUUUUCUAUGUUGGUAUUUUGUAUGAUUCCCAAUUAGAGGCAGCUGGUAAUCGUUGUCUCUAAUUGAGGAUCAUAUUUAAGUAGCUAUUUUUCCCACCUGUGUUUGUGGGAUAUUGUUUUGUGUUUGUGCAUGUGCAGCACGUAGUCACGUUUAGUUGUUCGUUUAUUUGAUAUAUUUUGUUUUGUUUAAGUUUCUCUUUGAAUUAAAUAUGUGGAACUCAACAUCCGCUGCGCCUUGGUCCCAUUCUUACGACAGCCGUGACAGGCGGUGAAUACAUAUGCACGCACUACUUUUCCGUACAUUUUUUGAAACAAGUCACUUUUUUCAUUUCACUUCACCAAUUUGGACUAUUUUGUUUAUGUCCAUUACAUGAAAUCCAAAUAAAAAUCGAUUUAAAUUACAGCUUGUAAUGCAACAAAAUAGGAAAAACGCCAAGGGGGAUGAAUACUUUUGCAAGGCACUGUACAUAUACAGUACAUUUAACACACAGAUACUUGCGCUCGCACGCACACACUGUACUCCGUCAUGCUUGACAGCUUAAGUGUGAGUCAUGGAAGCUCAUUGAAAGGCCCUCUCAUAGGUCUCAGUGGCUCAGCCAGCCAGGCAGCGCAAGUGGUGUCAGGUGACCAUGGGGCGCAUAUAAAGUUACGUCAUCUGCUUGUGUGGAAAUGAAUGGUAGUCCGGGCCAUAUGUAUCAAGCGUCUCAAAGAAUUGUAUCAUUUAGAUCAUACUUAAUCAGAUCAUUGUGGACAGGGAGGUCCUGAUCCUAGAUCAGCACUCCUACUCUGAGACUAGAUAAAUACGGGCCCAGAUCUGUCUCUGCUAUCUAGCCAGUCCUAUGAUCGUCACUCACAAACAUAGCAGUUGGCUGUACAGCACAAAUUGAUCUGGGACCAGGCAAUAACAAUGCCACUGAAGCCUCUGAGUACCAGGAUGUCAAUAUUGAUUAAAUAUCUUACUAGCACGUAAUAAUCAGUAUAAAACGUGUACACAAAGGUACAAAUGUCUUUGGCAGAACAAGCUGUGAUUUUUGUAGAGAAUCUGUGACUGUCUGGAAAUGUUUAAGUAAUCUUUUAAACAAUAUGGCUAACAACAUGUAUGAUCAAAAUAGGCACAUGUUCAGUAGAAAACUGAAGAAAUUGUCUUGAAAUGGAGGAGGCACUGCCAGAACUUGUCCAAUGAAAACACAAAUUUCCGUUUCAAUACGUUUUCUGUUUUCAUGCCCAGGGAAUAACUGAAAUAUGUUUUAAAAUGUAUUUGAACUGUUAGAUUCAAAACGUGCAUAGAAUGUGGAAGUUAAAACAACUGCGAUCUCUUUCACUGUGUCUAUCUAUCUGCCUUUUCUAUGUUUUACAUCCUUAUGAACUACAGUUAUGGCGGGUGUAUAAACCUAGGGCCCAUUUUGCUGCCUCCAUGUUUGUUUCUUUUUUGUAGUUUUUGAAUGUCUUGAUCAAGAGUCACAGAGAUGGAGGUUUUAACAGAAAAAGAAAACGUUGAAUGAUGUUGAUUGUUCAAGAACAUGUAAUCAUUUUUAACAUGUUACAAAAUCCAUUACAAACUCAAUUCAAUGUAUCAUCCAGGAACUACAACCAUUUCACAAACAAACAAACACUAAUAAAACAGCUAUUUCUUGCCUUAGAAAACAGUACAUUUCGGAAAAGGGCUUUAAAAACGAUAGCUUGCUGUAUUUAUCGUUACUUUAAAAAAAAUAUUGUUGUAUAUAUUGUAUUUAUUAUUUUAAGGUAAAUAGUGUAAAAAGUUUGGACUGGAAUGCACUGUUUGUUCAUUUUUUGUUUUCAAAACAUUCAAGAGCUAACAGAAACAUACACACAUUGAUACACCAUUUACUUAUGUUGAUUAUCCCAAUUAUUAUAGUAUUAACAAUAUUACACAUUAAUACAAAAACACAAAACAUUUAUAGUACUUGACCCAAGUUACUACAAGUUUAUGAAGUAUUUAUGCAUUAAAAGAAUGGCAGGAAUGCAACCACACACACAGACACACACACACACACACACACACACACACACACACACAGUGGUGGAAAAAGUACCCAGUUGUCAUACUUGAAUAAAAGUAAAGAAACCUUAAUUGAAAAUGACUCAAGUAAAAGUGAAAGUCACCCAAUAAAAUACUACUUGACUAAAAGUCUAAAAGUAUUUGGUUUUAAUAAUACUUAGGUAUCAAAAGUAAAUGUAAUUGCUAAAAUAUACAGUACCAGUCAAAAUUUUGGACACACCUACUCAUUCAAGGGUUUUUCUUUGUUUUUACUAUUUUCUACAUUGUAGAAUAAUAGUGAAGACAUCAACUAUGAAAUAACACAUAUGGAAUCAUGUAGUAAUCAAAAAAGUGUUAAACAAAUCAAAAAAUAUUUUAUAUUUGAGGUUUUUCAAAGCAGCCACCCUUUGCCUUGAUUAAAGCUUUGCACACUCUGCAUUCUCUCAACCAGCUUCACCUGGUAAAAGUGUCACACCCUGCUCUGUUUCACCUGUCUUUGGGCUUGUCUCCACCCCCCUCCAGGUGUCGCACAUCUUCCCCAUUAUCCCCUGUGCAUUUAUACUUGUGUUCUCUGUUUGUCUGUUGCCAGUUUGUCUUGUCUCGUCAAGCCUACCGGCGUGUUUUUCAGAACAGCAGGCUGUUUCCUUGAGCCCGUUUUCUAGUUCUCCUGGUUUUUGAUCAUUUUGCCUGCCCUGAGCCUGCAUGCAGUUAUGUACAUUUUGCCACUGGAUUACUGACCUCUGCCUGCCCCCGACCCUGAGCCUGCCACUCUGUACCUUGAGAACUCUGCCCUGGACUACCAACCCCUGCCUGCCCUUGACCAGUCCUGUGCCUGUCCCCUGUUUAUAUAAUAAACAUCCAUUAUUCGAA